CCCUUUUAUUCUCAAGAUACUCUAUUUUUCUUGCUAUAUCAUACUUCAUGUGUUGCCAUGGUGUGUAUUAGUUAUUUUAUUAUAAUUAUUCCUAGGUGCAAACCCCUCUGAAUUAUAUGGGACGCAUACAUGGAAAAUUGAGAAAUUUUCAAAAAUAAGUAUGCCAGAGAUCCGUAGCAAUGUUUUUGAAGUUGGUGGCCACCAAUGGUCUAUUUUAGUUUAUCCAAAACGCUGUGAAGUACCAACCCAUCUCUCUUUGUUUCUCUGUGUUGCGAACUGUGAUAAACUUCUUCCAGGUUAAUAGUAUUAUUGUCCCUUUAGUUUUCUUCAUUCUCCCUCGAUCAACAAAACUUUAAUUGAUUCAUUUAAGUUUAACAUUUUUGUGACAGGUUGGAAUCAUUUUGCUCAGUUUACUAUUUCUAUGGUGAAUAAAGAUCCAAAGAAAUCAAAGCAUUCAGAUACAUUACACAAGUUUGGGAAGAAAGAGCAUGAUUGGGGAUGGAAAAAGUGUAUGGAGUUACCUAAGUUACAUGACGGUUUCAUUGAUGAGUACGGCUCUCUUACAAUAAUGGCUCAAGUCCAGGUCAUUAGAGACAGGGUGGACCGACCUUUUCCCUGCCUUGAUGUUCACUAUAGGAGAGAACUUGUUAGGGUUUAUUUAAAAGAAGUGGAGCCCAUUUUCUUGAGUUUUAUGAAAGAGAAAAGAAGCAAGUUGAUGGAGGACAAGACCAGAUGGGAAAGCUUAUGUGCCUUUUGGUUAGGGAUGGAUCAAAAAUCAAGGCGAGAGAUGUCUCGAGAGAAAAUGGAUGUGAUACUAAAACUAGUUGUGAAACAUUUCUACAUCAAGAAGGAAGUUACAUCCUCUUUGGUGAUGGAUUUCUUGUUUCAUGGGUUAAACUCUCUUGUAUGGAGUAGUACCACCCAGGAGAAAAUACUACAUACAAUUACAAGACAAAUGGGGAAACUCCUUAAGGAUGAUUUGGAUUCUUCAAUAUUGAAUGCUCUUGAAGAAGAACCAAAGAAAGAGAGAGAAACUGAUGUCAAAAACUUGUCAGAUCCAAUUGUUAGUGUGGACAAAGACAUGUUUGUUUUAGUUGAUGAUGCAAUGUUACUCAGGGAGAAAGCUGUUCUUGAGCCAUUGCCUGAUGAGAGUGGUCCACAAAUCCGUACGGAGGUUGGUAAAGAUGGAGAGCGUGAGGAUGAGAAGCGAUUAACUGAGUUUGCUAGACGCACGUUGGAGGUAUUUAUUCUUGAUCAUAUCUUAUGCAACAAAGUUGAAGGUGCAUAUAAAGAAGCUAUUGCAUUGAAAAUGCAAGAAGAGCUUAUUCGUGAAGAAGAAGAAGAAAAUCUUAACAAGAGAAGAGUGAAGUCAACUAAAUAGUGAAGAAAUAAAGAAGUUAUUGCAUUGUUGGAAACGCAAAGUCAAUUAAAUUUCUUUUAGUGUUUAAUUACUAUGACUUGUUUAACAGUUUUAUGGUUCUGAGUUUCAGACAUUUUCUCAACAAGCACUUUUAUUUUUGGUAUUGGAUAAGUUACGUUUCAAUAUGCUGGUUUUGGUUCAUUUGAAUUUUAUUAUAUAGUUCUUAUAUAUUUGAGAAAAAGACAAAAAUAGCAAUAAAUCAAGUUUUUGUUCCCAAACUAGCAUUCAAGGUCAAAAGUCACAAAAAUAGCACUUAAUGUUUUAUCAAAAAUCACAAACUUAGGGUUUAGAGUUAAA